CUGGACGGCUCUCGCAUUUCCGUAGGACUAGGGCGAGAGAAGCCGGAGUUAGUAACAGAGAACAAUCAAAGCUUAGAUUUUCCUGUUUUUUUUCCCGUUCUUUUCUGAAUCCAUGGCUUUGAACAGUGGACUAAGGUCGGGGUUGAAGCUAUUGACCUCUUCUGAAUCUUCCCUCUCGAAAUCAGUCAGUCGAGGAUUCCACUCAACUGGAGUGAAAAGAAUGGGAGGAGGCCAUGGCCAUGAUGAACCAUACUACCUUCACGCAAAGCACAUGUACAACUUGGACAGAAUGAAGUAUCAAGGGUUGAAGAUGACUCUUGGUGUGUUUACUGCCUUCAGCAUUGGCGUUGGUGUCCCUAUCUGGGCUGUCAUCUUCCAACAAAAGAAGACUGCGUCUGGUUGAUUUGUCAUGUAUUGGUGGAAAUAAGAGAAAGUGAACUUAUUUUUCCUCCAGCAGAGGAAUGCAAAACUGUAUGUUGUUUCUUGCUUUUUCCAGAAACAGGAAUUUUAGCUCCAAGGGAAUUGCCGUAUCCGUGUGAGACCUAAAGGCAGGAAGUCUCUCAUACCCAGAUCUCAUGAUUUUUGCACAAGUUAUUGUUCUCUUUUGAUUGAUUAUGAAAUUUUGUGGGUGGGGUUUUUAGGUGAGUCCCUUCGACGUAAAAUGUUUUCAGAAUAAAUUAUAGCGACAGAGAAUAGCUAAAUUUUAGAUCUAUGUUGAGAAUUGCUAAAUUUUGUUGA